GCCCUUUUCGCCGCUGCGAGUGAGACUGAGGGUCACAGGCACCUACGUUUCCGUUUCCGCUUAACCUCCGGUGCCAUGGCGACCGCCAGGGACCUAAGCCAUCUGCUGACAUUUGGCAGAUGGCGCCGGGGCCUUGGAGUGGCUCCCCAGUCCCGAGCGCUCGCCGCCCUCGUCCCUGGUGUAUCCCUGGUGGAUAACAAGUACGAUUUUCUGGGGAAGAGGCCCCAUCGCCGGCAUCCUGGCAUCCUGCAGCUGCCGUGCGUGCGGCUGCCGCCAGCGUUGGCCGACGCCGCGCAGUUGCGGCUGCUGGAGAAUUCGAUGCCCGAUGUGGAGAAGCAGGUGCAGGCGCUGACCAACUAUCUCUGGAGCCGGCAUUUACCUGUAGAGCCAGAGGAGUUACAAAGACGCGCUGGACAUCUUGAGAAAAAGUUCCUGGAAAAUCCAGACACAUCUCAGACAGAGGAGAAACUCUGUGAAGCAGUGCUGCGUGCCCUGCGCAGAACUACCUACCAUUGGCAGGAACUGAGCUACAAUGAGGGACUGAGCCUGGUGUAUAUGGCAGCAAGACUGGAUGGUGGCUUUGCAGCAGUCUCCAGGGCAUUCCAUGAGAUCCAGGCUCGAAUUCCAGAGUUCCAGCCACAAACCUUAAUGGACUUUGGCUCGGGUACUGGUUCUGUUACCUGGGCUGCUCACAGUACUUGGGGCCAGAGCCUCCGUGAAUAUAUGUGUGUGGACAGCUCAGCUGCCAUGUUGGAUUUGGCAGAAAGGCUACUGAAAGGUGGUUCAGACUCUGGCAAGCCUUACAUUCCAGGUGUCUUUUUCAGACAGUUUCUACCUGUAUCACCCAAGGUACAGUUCGAUAUGGUGGUGUCAGCCUUUUCCCUAAGUGAACUGCCCGGCAAGACUGAGCGCACUGAGGUGGUCCAAACCUUGUGGCGCAAGACAAGUCAUUUUCUGAUAUUGGUAGAGAAUGGAACAAAAGCAGGGCACUGCCUUCUCAUGGAUGCCAGGGACCUGGUCCUUAAGGGAAAAGAGAAGUCACCUUUGGACCCUCGACCUGGUUUUGUCUUUGCCCCAUGUCCCCAUGAGCUUCCCUGUCCCCAGUUGACAGCCUCUAAGCCCCUGGCGUGCAGCUUUUCCCAGGCUUACCAUCCCAUCCCCUUCAACUGGAACAAGAAGCCAAAGGAGGAAAAGUUCUCGAUGGUGAUCCUUGCCCGGGGGUUUCCAGCGGAGGCUAAUCGCUGGCCCCGAAUCACUCAGCCUGUCCUUAAGAGACCACGCCAUGUGCACUGUCACCUGUGUUGUCCAGAUGGGCAUAGGCAGCAUGCUGUGAUCACAGCCCGCCAGCACGGCAGGGACUUGUAUCGCUGUGCCCGUGUCAGCUCCUGGGGAGAUCUCUUACCUGUGGUCACACCAUCUGAGCUUCCUCCGUCCCCCGCUAGAGAUCCCCCUGAGAGCUGACAAGGGUGUGUGACAAGUAUUUUCUUUGAGUAUUUUCUAGCCUACCAAGGCUGAAGCUACCUGGUUUCCAGAAUGGGAGUGCUUGUGUCCCUAUAUAUAUUUGUUUGAGGUUUUAAUAAUAAAGUGUUUUCAAAGAA